AUGAGUGGUUAUCGUGGGGUUGCAACCAUAGUACUUGAGGUUGUAGCAUUUUCAGACCUUUGGAUAUGGCAUGCGUUCUUUGGAGUUUCUGGUUCAAAUAAUGAUAUCAACGUGUUAGAUUGUUCUCCAGUGUUCGAUGAUAUUCAAAACGAUCGUGCUCUGGAGGUAAAUUAUACUAUUAAUGGUAAUAAUUAUACUAUGGGAUACUAUUUAGCAGAUGGUAUUUAUCCUGAAUGGGCCACAUUUGUCAAAUCAAUCUCAAAGCCACAAGGGGAGAAACGCAAGUUAUUUGCACAAUACCAAGAAGGGCAAAGAAAAAAUGUGGAGCGAGCAUUCGGAGUGUUACAAGCACGCUUUGCAAUUAUACGUGGUCCAGCUCGUUUUUGGGAAAAGAAGAAGCUUGCCAACAUAAUGAGAGCUUGUAUUAUAUUGCAUAAUAUGAUUGUUGAGGAUGAAAGAGACACUUAUACAGGAAAUUUUGCUCAAGACUUAGAGUAUGAGGAUGUCGAAAAUGGCUUAUCACAACCUCAGCUGGGAGAAGAAGAUUUCGCACCAUACCAUCAAUUUUCUCCAAAGAAAUGCCCAACUUCGAAAUAG